AUGGCUCAGAAGAAGCCAGAGGAACAGUUGAAGGAGUUCGGAUCGAAGCUUGACCCACCUCCUUCCUCCAAAGAUUCUUUGCUCAAACUCUUCAAGGAAGCUGCUGUUUGUCUUUCUGAAUUGAAGCAGGCUCCACCAGCAUCUGUGCUCAAGUCCAUCCAGCCUUUUCUUGACGCAGUUAUUAAACCCGAAAUUCUCAAGCAUCAAGACAAGGAUGUGAAGCUUCUAGAUAUUUUUCAACUGAUCGUGAGUGCCUUCUCUGGGUUGGAUGAUGUCGGUGGACCAUCAUUUGGAAGGAGGGUUGUCAUUUUAGAAACGGUUGCAAAGUACAGGUCAUGUGUAGUGAUGUUAGAUCUGGAGUGCGAUGAUCUGGUGAAAGAAGUCUUUACUACAUUUCUUGAUGUUGCUAGAGAUGACCAUCCAGAGGUUGUUGUCUCAUCAAUGCAAAAUAUAAUGGUUGUUCUCUUAGAAGAGAGUGAAGAUGUGCAGGAGCAGCUUUUACUAAUUUUACUCUCUAAAUUAGGCAGAAAUAAAAGUGACGUUAGUGACGCGGCUAGAAGACUUGCUAUGAAAGUCAUAGAGGAGUGUGCGCCAAAAGUUGAAUCUGACAUAAAGCAAUUCCUUAUCUCUUCAUUGUCCGGAGAUAACCGGUUUUCCAGCAGUCAAAUUGACCACCAUGAGGUUAUCUAUGAUUUGUACCGCUGUGCUCCUCAGACCCUAUCCGGAGUUGCACCUUAUCUCACUGGAGAGCUUUUGGCUGAUGAACUGGAAACUCGUUUGAAAGUGGUCGGAUUGGUUGGAGAGUUGUUUUCCUUGCCUGGACGUGCCAUCUCCGAAGAGUUCAGUUCAAUCUUUUUGGAGUUUCUGAAAAGGCUGACUGAUAGAGUAGUUGAAGUUAGAAUGGUAAUCCUUGACCAUAUUAAGAACUGUUUGCUCGCAGAUCCUUCGAGAGCCGAGGCUUCCCAAAUUAUAUCUGCUCUUUGUGACCGGCUCUUGGACUAUGAUGAGAAUAUGCGCAAACAAGUUGUUGCUGUUAUUGGUGAUGUGGCUGUGAGUUCACUGGCGUCUAUUCCAGUUGACACUAUAAAGUUAGUUGCUGAACGGCUCCGAGACAAAGCUAUACUGGUAAAGACAUACACAAUGGAAAGGUUGACUGAACUAUACCGGGUAUAUUGCUUACGGUCUGCUGAAGGGAAGGUAGGCGCUGGCGACUUUGAUUGGAUUCCUGGAAAAAUUUUGAGAUGUCUUUAUGACAAAGAUUUCAGAUCAGAUACAAUUGAAUAUACUCUCUGUAGUUCCUUGUUUCCAAGUGAUAUCUCUGUUAGAGAUAAAGCUAAGCAUUGGAUAGACAUAUUUUCUGGAUUUGACAACGUGGAGACAAAAGCUUUAGAGAAGAUACUGGAGCAGAGGCAAAGGAUACAACAAGAGAUGCAAAACUACUUGGCAUUCAAGCAGACGCAACAGGAUUCUGAUGCUCCGGAUAUGCAGAAAAAGAUUCAAUUUGGAUUCAGAGUUAUGUCACGUGCAUUUUCUGAUCCCCCAAAGGCUGAGCAAAACUUUUUGAUUCUUGAUCAACUGAAAGAUGCUAAUAUCUGGAAGAUUUUGAAUAAUUUGCUCGAUCCCAACACUAGCAUAAUGCAAGCGUCCAAGAUUCGGGAUGAUAUGCUUAAAAUACUUUCUGAAAAGAAUAGUCUCUAUGAAUUUCUCGGCACUCUCUCCGUAAAAUGUUCUCAUCUCCUAUUCAGCAAGGAAUAUGUGAAAGAGAUGUUAUCAGAAGUCUCUGCUAGAAAGGCUUCUAAAGAUAAUUUGGGCCUUCAAUCCUGCAUGGACUUCUUAGGGCUUCUCGCAAGUUUCUGUCCAUCACUGUUUGACGGGGCUGAAGAAGAACUGAUAGGUUUCCUUAAAGAUGAAGUUGAAAUUAUAAAGGAAGGUAGUCUUAAAAUUCUGGCAAAGGCAGGUGGUACUAUUCGGGAGAAUCUCAUUGUUUUAGCGAGUUCUGUGGACCUGUUACUGGAGAGGAUCUGUGUAGAAGGUAGCCGUAAGCAGGCUAAGUAUGCUGUGCAAGCACUAGCAUCAAUAAAAAAGGAUGAUGGCUUGAAGGCGCUAUCUUUUCUAUACAAGGGACUCGUGGACAUGCUGGACGACAGGAGGCAUCAGCCAGCUGUUUUACAGAGCCUUGGAUGCAUAGCGCAGAUUGCAAUGCCUGUCUUUGAGACUAGAGAAAGAGAAAUCGUUGAGUUUAUUAGAAGCAAAAUCCUCAAAAGCGAAAGUGAAGCAGUAGAUGACGAAAAGUUAUCCUGGGAUGACAAAAGUGAAAUUUGUCAACUGAAGAUAUAUGGGAUCAAGACAUUGGUUAAGAGCUACUUGCCGUUCAAGGAUGCUCAUCUUCGCACGGGUGUUGAUGACCUUCUUGGAUUACUGAAAAACAUUCUUUCCUUUGGGGAAGUAUCUGAAGAGAUAGAUUCAAGUUCUGUUGACAAAGCACAUCUGAAACUAGCUGCUGCAAAGGCAGUUAUCCGCCUUUCUAGGCACUGGGACGAUAAGAUACCGAUUGAUAUCUUCCAUUUAACACUAAAAACCUCUGAGAUUUCAUUUCCUAUGGCUAAGAAAAUAUUCCUUGGGAAAGUUCACCAGUAUAUAAAGGAUCGGGUUUUGGACACAAAGUAUGUCUGUUCGUUCUUAUUUGAUAUCACUGGAUCAAAUGUUCUGGUGUCAGAGGAGGAGAAACAGAACUUAGGUGAUAUUAUUCAACAUUCUUACCAAACAAAAGGGCGGAAAGUCUCUACUCAAACUGAUGCGAAUUCGGUUUCUCUCUACCCUUAUAAUAUCCUUCCUUACCUGGUUCACGCACUUGCGCAUCAUUCUUGUCCUGACGUCGAAAAGUGCAAAGAUGUGAAGGAAUAUGAAAUGAUCUAUCGCCAAUUAUACUUGAUCAUUUCUAUGUUACUGCAUAAAGAGGAAGACGGGAAGGCUGAAGACACUGACAAGGAACAGGAGUGCGUUCCCACCAUCAUCUCUAUCUUUCAUAGUAUAAAACAGUCAGAAGAUGUCACUGAUGCAACAAAGUCAAAGAACUCACAUGCAAUUUGUGAGCUCGGGCUGUCAGUAAUCAAUCAGUUAACUCAGAAAGAGACUGAUCUAAAAGAGGAAUUCACACCUGUAUCUCUGCCUCCAACACUUUACAAACCUUUUGACAAAAUUGAAGGUGACAAGUCUGGGGUUGGGGAAGAGAAAUUGUGGAUAGCUGAUGAAACUGUAUUGGCACACUUCAGUACUCUCAAGUGGGAGAGCCAUACUGAUUCAUCUGUGAUACCCCAAACUUCGGAGCACGAGGGUAUGAAUGAUGAGGAAAGUGAUGAUAAUGAAAUUCCUCUGGGUAAAAUAGUAGAGCGUUUAAGAGCUCAGAGAACCAAGAGUAGAGAGGGGGAAAAGAACAAAUCUGUUCCAGCUGAAGAUGAGAAUGGUAAAAGUGAUGUCGACGUUUUGAAAAUGGUGAGGGAGAUAAAUCUGGACCACUUGCGCAUGGUGGAUAAAUUUGAAUCCAGUAAUGGACACACACAUUCCCCUGGAAAGAGAACAAACUCAGGUGAAAUGGAUCAGAAGGCUAACAAAAGGAGUGCUGGGGAUGCAACAUCAAUAGUUUCAGUCCCUAAACGCCGGAGAUCAUCUUUUGGCCAUAGUCCUUUCAAGUUCUCAAAUAGUGGCUCCAAAAAAGAGUUGCAUGAUGAGGGAGAUAUGGACUCGAACGAUGACAAUUCAAACCAGAAAAAGAUAUUAGGUAGCAGCUCUUCCCGAAAGAGAACAAAAAGCUUCUCAUCAAAGUUAAAGAACUCAGAAUCUGAUUUGGAAAAUCAUAGCGAAGAUGGCAACUGCAGUGAGAGGAGUAGGUCAGCAGAAAGUGGUGAUAGAUUGAAGUCUGGUUCUGGAUCAAUGCAGAAGCGGAAAAGAAAAGGCAUCACAGGAAUGGCUAAGUGCUCCACAGCAGAAAAGAAAAUGGUCACUGAUGAACUAAUCGGUUGCAGAAUAGAUGUUUGGUGGCCUAUGGAUAAGCGGUUUUAUGAAGGCACGGUAAAAUCUUACGAUUCCACUAAACAGAAACAUGUGAUACUCUAUGAGGAUGGAGAUGUCGAAGUCCUUCGCCUAGAUAAAGAACGAUGGGAGCUGAUAGACUCGGGAAAGCCAACAAAGAAGUCCAAGACAUCAAACCGAAGUUCUAAUAAGAAAGGAUCUUCUGGAAGUAAGUAUAAGAAUUCAGGUGGCUUACGAAUGGAAGAAGACCCAAUUCCUACCACGCCAAAAGGGAAAAGAACUCCGAAGAAAUACAUAAAACAUAAGCACCCGGAAGGAACACCAGGAAGUCCCUCUUCCGAACAUGAGAAAUUAGAGAGCAGAACCAAGAAAAAACGAUCUGCUGUCACUAUAAUCGGUGAAGUUGCUGAAGAAACAAAUGAAAAGAAUAUGGAAUCAACCACAGAGAAGAUGACAGAGGACGAGGAAUAUGGUAAGGAGGCUGGCGAAGAGAAACCAGAAUCCGAAGGAAAGACGGGGAAAGAGGGCGAGGAUGAUGACGAGGAAGGUGAUUUACAGGAGGCAAAAGCAGAGUCGAAUGGAAAACCUGAGGGAAAAGAAACUGAUGGUGACAACUCAGAUUCUGAGAAGAAACAAGAAAACGAUGAUAUGGAGACAGAAGAUGAAGCUGAAGACAAUGCCGAGGAUGCUGAGCCUUCUGACAAUGAGACUCUUGGAGCGUGGAGAAGCAAAGUGGUCAAGUCAAGCUCGAGGAAAGAAGCAUAG